AUGUGUUUCAGCAUUCCAAGGACCCGCUGGUCGCAGGCUGGCUGCUGCAUCUUAAAGUCAGCAUCUCCUUCAGACCAAUUACCCUUCAAUCUUUUGGUCACGCUUGAAAUCAUACGGAAAAGGAUUCCGCCUUUCUUGGGCCUCCGCACAGCACGCUGUUCGCUGCUGGCAGCCGCGCCAAGAAAGCCCCGACACGCUAGCUCGCACUUCAAAAAUGGGUUUAGCGUGACCACAGCGACAGCAGCUCUCGCCAGGCUGCUCAUUUUCAUUAAGCCAAAUGAAUCGAAGCGGCAGCAGCUCCGCCAUGGACAGCUUGGCAGCCGCUGCCGAUUUGGUCACACAGCAGGUCCUCCCUCAGCAGCCACCGCCGGACUCAAUUCCCAAAGCUAUCCCUCUCUGGACAGGGGCUCUGUCGAUGGCAACGGCGGUGGUGGUGUUGCCCGACCCUCCGCCAGCUCCUUUCCCCCGCCCUUCACCCUUCUAUCACCGGUAGUGAGAACACCGCCACCUCUUGCUCCCAGCGCUUUUGUACCGGGCUCGGCCGGUCUAACAGCGAUGACAGCCACUGCAGCAGCAGGUGAUGGCGGGUGCGGGGCAGCGAACGGCGGUGGCGGUGCUGGGUCGGGCCUCAGAGCUGGCGGCAGUGGUCUUGGCGGUGGUGGUGUGGCUCUAUCGCGGUUGGGAGUCCGGCUGUCGGGGCUUGAAAGUGAGCUGGCGGCCGUGCGGGGGGAAAAAGAGGCACUGGCUUCGGAGCUGGAGAGGUGGAGGAAGGCCCAUUCUGCACUCGAGUCGGAGCUGUCCGCGAGUCGGGCUGCAGUACGGUCCCGAGUUUCGGAGCUUCAGGAUGCGGCAGCGGCGGCGGCCCAGCGCGCGGCGGCAGCAGAGGACUUGGCGACGGAGCUUCGGCGCCAGCUGGAGGGCCGGCGACUGGCGCUGGAGGGAGUUCUGGCUGGCAGGGACCGGAGGAUUUCGGAGCUGCAGACCUCGCUGGCUUCCCUCGGUGAGGAGCUGGGUGCCAAGGAGGCUGAGCGGGCGGCUGCAGCGGGUCAGCUGAGGGGCAUGGAUGGAACCCUUUGGGCCUGGUUAUCGGAGCUGCGGUCCCGGCAGCAGAGUCAGGAGGCGGGGCUGGUGGCCUGCAAGCGCUGGGUUGAGGAGCAGCUGGGGGAGGGAGCAGUGGACGGGGCAGAAGGGCCCAGGGGGUGCGGUCGGGGCGGGGACAGAGGGCUGGUGCCACUGGCGGCGGGGCUGCGGCGCUGCUUGGAGAGAGUGCAGUCAACGACAGAGCGGCUGCGUACGUCCGAGUCAAGCUGUACCGCCCUUCGGUUGCACAACAACGAACUCAUGGCACAGCUGCAUUCGGCACAGGACCUGGCUUUGUGCCUUCGUCAGCAGCUGGCCGUGCGGGACGAGCAGCUGGCGGCGUCGCUGGUGGAGCGGAAUCGGUUAGCGGAGGCAGUUGCGGCGGGGAUGAUUUCGCUGGAGGAGGCGGAAGCGGGUCGCCAGCAGCUGACGGCGGCCCUGCAGCUGCUGCAAGAGAGAUUCAGCGGAGGAUUCACGGCGGCGAUGGAGCGAGCCGCGGCGGCGGCCGCAGAUGCAGAGGUAAUGCGGCAACGCUGCAAGGAGCUUGAGGCGACAGCGGCCAAGGCGGAGGAGGCAGUUGCUGCUGUCGCUGCUGCUGCUGCAGCCGCGGCGGCGGUACCUGUCAAGGCGUCGGUCGUGGACGCAUGUACGAGCACUGCAGAUCUGGUGCGGCCACUUGCCGUCGUUCCAGCCGCAGGCGCCUGCGGCAGCGGCGGCCUUGGCGGCGCACGCUCCCUGGGGCGUCCGUCGGGUACGGCAGCCGUUGCGGCGCAGCAGGCGGGAUCAGCUGAUGGGCCGCUGCCAGUUGCGGCCGCAGUAAUGGCGGCCGCGUCUGCACCAACGAUUGCACUGGCGGCGGCUGUAGCUCGCGGCGCAGAUCUUAACACGGUCAAGCCUCUAAGCGGCAGCUCGCUACAGCCGCUCAAGUCAGCUGGCAUCUCCCCAAGGGCUGAGAUACCUAUUCGGUUGACUGCUGGGCCUGAGGGGGGUGCUCUAAUGACGCAGGAGAGCGGCAGCCCACUGGCGGCAGCAGCGGUGGCGGCGGGGGCCGCUGGGGCAAGGGCGGCGGGUGCCGCCCAGUCUGUGGCGGGUGCCUCUGAGGCCCCGGUGGCGCUGUCAGGACGGGAAGACGCCAUGGCGGUGGAUGCAAGCGGAGCGGCAGUGCAGGACGGAGGGGUUCGCAAUGCGGCGGCAGACACCAACGAACCAGUGCCGUUGUCGGUAUCGCCGGUUAAGCGGGAACAGCGGCAACAGGAGCAGAGGCAAGAGCAGCAGCGGCAACAGCAGCACCAGUGGGGACGCAUGGACGCCACUGAAGCGAUGGAGCCGGGUCGCCGAGGGGAGUUGCCUGCCGCCCCAAUGGGGAUGAGCUACAACGUGAUGGGCCAGGGCUCUCCAACACGACAGUGUCAGUGGACCGCCGGAAGGGAGACAGCCCACCGGCUGCCAAGCGACACCGCAAAGACCCCGCACACAGUGCAGAAAGCGCGCAUGUCGGUGGCGAUGGCAACGGUGGAAGAAACUGCGGCGAACGCGGCGGCAGUGGUGGUAGCAGCGGCAGUGAAGGUGAUGGGUGCAGCGGGGCUGGAGGUGGAAGCGGAGGCGGAGGCGGACGAAGUGACUGGCACCAUCGAGGACGAGCUGGAACCGAAUUGGAAGGAGCGGCAGGGCCAGGGCGAGGCAGGGGGCAGCAUCCGAGACGCGGACCGUGUUCCUGCCGCUGCUGUAAACCAUCCGCCGCCAAAUGAAGUACGGUGCAACAGUGUUGGCGUUAACGGCGGUGUAGGCGGAAGCGGUAUUAAGAGCCGUUUUCCUGAACCCCUAUUGGAGGGCGGAACCUCGCCGCCAGCCCAGUUACUGUCGCCGCCUUUUGCACGCAAUGAUGAAGCCGUGGCGGCGAUGUCGACGCAGGCGCUGAGAGAUGCCAUGGUGACGGCUGCGGCUGCAGCUGACGAGCAGGCACUGCUUUCAUUUGACUUCAUCGCAGAAGAUACGCCGGCAUGCUUGGCGCCCGUUAACUUCAGGCCUGUGGACGAGCAUUGUCGGCAGGUUGCAACGGGCACAGACAACGGGCCCGGGGGUCCAGGGGAUGACGGCAAAGGCGACGGCGACAAAGUUGCCGCCGACAGCGGCGGGCCACCUGCUUUUCCCGCCGACAUCGCCGCUAGUGAGGCAGCAGCCGAGCACCAGGGAAUGGGGGUUGUGGAAGGAAGUACGGCACUGGCGGGCCCUGGUGCCGGCCGCGGGGAUGGGCACGCCGGUGGUUUCGAUGACAUGUCAAGAGGCCCACAUGAUAUGAACAGGAUGUGUGACCCUGGCGCCCAUGACGGUGCGGCUGACAUCUCUGUUGACAACGCGGGCUUUGAUUCGUGGGGCGGGGCCCAAAAUCCUGAUGGGGCUCACGUUGGCGCGUGUCUGCCGGGUGUUGUGACCGAUGUUGCCAUUAGCCACGACAGGAGGACGGAGGUCGCAGAUGACGCUCCGGGGGCCCUACCUCGCAAGCGGCCGCGUUCCGCUCUGGCAGGUCUGUUCUCUGCUUUUGCACUGGCAGACAGCAGCGACGACGAUGGGGAGGAAGAGGAGGAGGGCUAG